CCUCGGGACACCGCGCAGCUGCCCAGCCUGGGGAGACUGGACAGCCCUGCCCAUCCUCUGCCUCCCCAGCCGGCAGUUCAGACCAUGGGAGGCCCCCACCGCUGCAGCUUCCUUCUCCUCCUUCAAGUGCUGGGUAUCUUCCUGAUUCUGUUGGAGGCUGGGUCCCAGAAAACCAGUGACUGUGCUCGCUGGUGCCCUCCGAAUUCCACGUGUGUCAAUGCCACCGCCUGUCGUUGUUCCCCGGGAUUCAGUUCUUCUUCCGGGGUGAUCUUCACCAGCCUCUUGGACAGCUGUGAUGACAUUAAUGAGUGUGGACCACUCUCGGCAGUGUCCUGUGGAAAAUUUGCAGACUGCCAGAACACAGAGGGGAGCUACUACUGCACGUGCAUUCCAGGAUAUAAGCUUGCUUCUGGGGCAAGAAGUUUCAAAAAUGAGAGUGAGAACACAUGUCAAGAUGUGGACGAAUGUCAGCAGAAACCCCGAAUCUGUAAAAGCCGGGGCUCCUGCACCAACACCCAGGGCAGCUACACCUGCAAGUGCCCGCCUGGCUUGCAGCUCAACCCGGGCGACCCAAAUCUGUGCACAGAUGUGAAUGAAUGCACGUCGGGGCAGAACCCAUGCCACAGCUCCACCCACUGCCUCAACAACAUUGGGGGCUACAGGUGCCGCUGCCGCCCUGGCUGGAAGCCCGUUCCUGGGUCCCCCAAUGGCCCAAACAACACCAUCUGUGAAGAUGUGGACGAGUGCAGCUCCGCGCAGCCUACGUGCCACAAGUCCACCACCUGCAUCAACACUGUGGGCUCGUACAAGUGCCGCUGCCGCCGGGGCUGGGAGCUCAAACCCGGAUUCCAGAACAAGCAGCCCAACACCACCUGUGAAGAGAUGUCCUUCCCCAUCUGGACCCUACCCCCUGGAAAAAAGACCCAGAGCAUGUCCCACUUCUUUGAAGAAGUCCAACACCUGCGCAGAACCUUCAAGCCAGACUUGGCUCCGGACACCAUGAAGGAUCUCAUCCAGUUAGUGGAUACGAUGCUGGAGACUCCCAAAGAUCUGGAGACCCUGUCCCUGACUGAGAGGCACUCCAUGGCCACCAAUUACCUCUUGGGCCUCGAAACAGUCCUGAGAAUGCUGGCUAAAGCCAUGCCGGGAGCUUCCUUCACCUAUGCUUCCCCUUCAGACACAGAGCUAUCUCUGAUGAUCCAGGAGCACGGGGAUGGGGAUGGAAACAUCACCCUCGGUCAGAGCCAUGCACGGAUGCUGCUGAACUGGGAUGUGGCAACUGGAGCCAGGGAUUCGGGCCCCACCGUGAUGGGCAUCCUCUCCAGCUGGAACAUGCGGAACUUGCUGGCCAACGCCUCCCUGAAGCUGGAGACUGAGAAGAAAGCUGAGCUGAGCAAGAUCCACCAAAGUACAGUCCACGGCGCCCAGGCUGAGAUCGUGUCGGCAGUCAACUUGGUCUUUCUGAGCAACACAAACACAGAGAAACUUGACUCCCCUGUCACCUUUGCCUUCUCCCACAGAGUGAAUCCUCAGCAGGAGGAGACACCUAGGCCACGGCAGGAGCUGAUCUGUGCAUUCUGGAAGAGUGACAACAGGAGCAGGCACUGGGCCACCACAGGCUGCCGAACUCUGGGCACCAGGAAUGGCAGCACCACCUGCCAGUGCCACCACCUGAGCAGCUUUGCCAUCCUCUUGGCCCACUAUGACAUAGAGGACCCGAAGUUGGCCUUGAUCACCAAGGUGGGGCUGGCGGUGUCACUAGUCUGCCUGCUGUUGUGCAUUCUCACCUUCCUGCUGGUGCGGCCCAUCCAGGGCUCGCGCACCACCGUGCACCUGCACCUCUGCAUCUGCCUCUUUGUGGGCUCCGCCAUCUUCCUGGCGGGCAUCGAGAACCAGGAAGGAAGCAUCCAAAAGGUGGGGCUGCGCUGCCGCCUGGUGGCGGGACUGCUGCAUUACUUCUUCCUGGCCGCUUUCUGCUGGAUGAGCCUCGAGGGAGUAGAGCUCUACUUCCUGGUGGUGCGGGUGUUCCAGGGCCAGGGCCUGAGCAAGUGGCAGCUCUGCCUGAUCGGCUACGGGGUGCCCCUGUUCAUCGUGGGUGUCUCCGCGGCCGUCAAAAGUCAUGGCUAUGGCCGCAACGACUAUUGCUGGUUGAACCCUGAAGGUGGCUUCCUCUGGAGUUUCGUGGGACCCGUGACCCUCAUCGUUCUGUGCAAUGCUGUGAUCUUCGUGACUACUAUCUGGAAGCUCACACAGAAGUUUUCUGAGAUCAACCCAGACCUGAAGAAACUAAAAAAGGCCCGGGUGCUGACCAUCACAGCUAUGGCUCAGCUCUUUGUGCUGGGCUGCACCUGGGUCUUUGGCUUAUUCCUCUUCAACCCGCAGAGCUGGCCAUUGAGCUACACCUUCACCAUCCUCAACUGCCUGCAAGGCCUCUUCCUCUUUGUGCUCCACUGCCUGCUCAACAAGAAGGUAAGAGAGGAGUAUAGAAGGUGGGCCGGCAGGGUCACAGGGAACAAGUACUCGGAGUUCACCACAUCUACGACUGGCACCAGCCACAAUCAGACCCAGGCCCACAAGCCCUCCGAGUCCGGUAUGUGACAGCACAGGUCUGGCCAGGCCAGUGGCUCUUGUGGCCUCAGCAGCUUUUGCACGUGCCAAAGACUGUUCCCUCCUCCCUCACCACUCUGCUCCCUCUGCCCUCCUGCCUUGGCUGCCACGUGCAUGCUAGAAAGCAGGGGGCAGCAGCUAUAAUCUGGCACUGACCCCAGGACACCCAGCCAGGUGAGAAAGGACCUGCCAGGCCGGCUUCUGGCUGCCUGUCUGCUCCAGCCCAGCCAGGACCCAACGUGAGGGCAGAAGCUGGCCGAGGGCUGCAGCCCCCUUCCCCGCUACACAAGGCCCGGACAUACAGAACUCCUGUGCCGGGCCUGGCCUUUCCCCUCAUCUGUCCUUGCCACAGAGCAAAAGGCAAGGUGCUGGGGCUCAUGCUGCCCCUUAAGCUAAGACUGAGGCCAAGGGUGGGAGAAGGGCAGAGCCCCUCCUAGCCCCAGUGCCUGACGCUCACGGUACAGAAGCCCAUCUGCCCCUGGAGGCAGAAGGCUCUCACUGUUGUGAAGGUUGUGGAUAUUGUAUGUUUUUGUUUUUUUUUAAUCUGUAUAAACCUUUCAAUGUUGACUCUUAAAAAUUAAAGAUCACACUGAUACCGAAGCUGGCUG